AUGCUCAACGAAGACAGCUGGGAUGCCUUGCAUGCUUAUGGUAAUGUGCUCUGUUUCACACUCGUUAUCGCGUUUGUUGUCGCCCAGCUGCUGUCGCUUGUUCGAAAAGCUCAUUCCGGUAAACGAGGUGCAUCGGCUUCAUCCGAAUCUGAACGCAUUCACAUUCCGCGAGCAGAAAUGAUGGACAAGCAGGUCCUACAUUACGAUUCUAGCAAACGAACCCAAAAAACUUUGAAAAGUCUUGCCUGA